AUGCCUCCACCAGGUAUGGGUAUGGGGAUGGGGCCACCAAUGGGUCCGCCGAUGAUGGGUCCACCGGGUAGAAACAAUAUGCGACAUAACUUUAGGCCUUUCAAUUACCAGAUGCGAUUUCCACCCCAAGGGCCGCUGAAUAUGACUCAAGAUGACUUUGACGGUAAACGUUUACGUAAAUCUGUUAUGCGUAAAACAGUAGACUACAACGCAGCUAUCAUUAAAGCUUUAGAAUGUCGUGUUUGGCAGAGGGAUUGGCGGGACAGACACGCAUUGCAACCAGACGCUAUGUAUACGCCCGAUAUGUUGCCGCCACCUUCUUAUCCCGAUAAUCCAAUUAAUGCCGUUACUACACGUUUUGUUAAAACAGCUACAAACAAAAUGAGGUGUCCCAUAUUCGCUGUAGCUUGGACGCCAGAAGGUCGACGUUUAAUUACGGGGGCUUCCUCUGGAGAAUUUACAUUAUGGAAUGGGUUGACCUUUAAUUUUGAAACUAUUCUCCAAGCUCAUGAUUCACCCGUUAGAUCAAUGGUUUGGUCCCAUGGCGAAGGAUGGAUGGUGACUGGUGACCAUUCAGGUUUCAUCAAAUAUUGGCAGAGUAACAUGAACAAUGUUAAAAUGUAUCAGGCUCACAAAGAGGCAGUUAGAGGUAUUAGUUUUAGUCCCAGUGAUUCCAAAAUUGUAACAUGUUCUGAUGAUGGCACUCUACGGAUUUUUGAUUUCUAUAGAUGUCAAGAAGAGAGAAUAUUAAGAGGACAUGGUGCCGAUGUCAAAUGUGUACAGUGGCAUCCCACAAAAGCAUUAAUUGUGUCUGGAAGUAAAGAUAACCAGCAGCCAAUUAAAUUAUGGGAUCCAAAAUCAGGGACAGCCUUGUCUACAUUACAUGCUCAUAAAUCAACUGUUAUGGAUCUGAAAUGGAAUGACAAUGGCAACUGGUUAAUAACUGCUUCUCGAGAUCAUUUACUUAAAUUAUUUGAUAUUCGUAAAUUAGGAACAGAGCUUCAAAUAUUUAGAGGACACAAGAAAGAAGCAUCCAGUGUAGUGUGGCAUCCGACUCAUGAAGGAUUAUUUUGUUCUGGUGGUUCUGAUGGAGCUAUUUUAUUCUGGAAUGUUGGAACUGACAAAGAAGUAGGUGGUAUUGAAGGAGCACAUGAAUCAAUAGUUUGGACAAUGGCUUGGCAUCCCCUUGGGCACAUUUUAUGCUCAGGUUCAAAUGAUCACACAUCUAAGUUUUGGACUAGAAACAGACCGGGUGACUUAAUGCGAGACAAAUACAACUUGAAUACACUACCACCAGGUGUUCAAGAUGAUCAUGAUUUAGAAGAACCUGCAAUUAUACCAGGUAUGGGUCCUGAAGAUAAAGUAGAAAUAUUUUCAUCAGAUACAGACAAAGUCAUUCCAGGUCUAGAUUUGGACACAACAUUUGUCCCAAUGGAAUUUGAGAAAAAGGUCAAAAAAGUACCAUACAGCAAACCUAUACCAAGAAACUUUCAGGCGCAAUGGAAUCAUGGUCCCAGUAAUGAUGACUCUGCUACUGAGGCUCUAACUCAAGCUCUAGCUGAAUCAGUACCUGGGGCUAUACCACUUCAACAAAUAACACCAUCUGCAAUAGUUAUAUAUGGUAAAUUAAUUCCUGUAGAAGCUGGAUCAAAACUAGAAAAGGCUAUAUCAGAUGGACCUUUAGCAUUAAAAAAAUAUAUUGCAUCUGGUGAAAUAGAAGAACUGCAUGAUGUGAUGCCCCAUCUAGAAGAUGAUGCUGAUGAAGAGAAUUUCCAACCAUUUGAGUACCCUGAACCUGAACCGGACAAUGAAGCUUCUGAGAGUCAAAAUGAUAAUGACAAUGAAAAUUAUGUUAAUUAUGAACAAGAAAAUGACUUUUAUGAUAAUGAAAUGGAUACUAGUACUCAAAACAGUCAAGAGGAAGACCAAGGCUAUAAUAAUGGGCCUGAUAUAAGUAAUAUGCCACCAUCUAUAGGCAACAUAAUGCGACCACCAUUGGGCACUAUGGGGCCAAUGCACCCAAUGGGACCAAUGCACAUGCCGCCACCGCAUAUGAUGGGGAAUAUGCCACCGAUGGGUAACAUGCCGCCUAUGAAUAAUAUGCCACCUCGCCCACCAUUUUCUGAUAAUGGUUUCAAUAAGUCUCACUAUGAUUCUGGAUUUGAAAACCAACAAUAUAAUCAGAAUGACGAUGAGUACAAUGAAGAAGAAAAGUAUAAUGAUCAAAGCUAUGGUGAAGAAAAUUACAACGAUGAUGGUAAUGGAGAUGACACUUAUAGCAAUGUGCGAAAUCAGAGAUGGGAAGGAGGUUAUAGAGGGCGUGGUCAGUCGCGCGGAAGAGGUCGAGGCAUGAAUGGUCAUGGCGGUCGAGGGAACUGGAGAAAUAGUGGAGGCCAACGCAGUACACCGAGAGGACGUAGGGGGGGUGGUGGCAACCGAAAUUUCAGAAGAGGUGAAGAGGAACAUCCUUACAUCUGGAAGGGUCAGCAGAUAGCAAGUUACAUCAUACAACCACAGGCAGAUUUUCAUUCGAGUCAUGGCUUCAACCAGUUCAUCAUACCUUAUAGUAAGAGCCUGAUGACUUCUCGGAGAUGGUUGUGUGGGUUUCUAACGAUACUAGUGUGUCGCGCAAGCCAAUUCGACAAUGGUGGAGAUCAAAACUCUAUAACAGAUACGAGCGACAAUGUUACAGAACGCCUUGAAAUUAUAAAUGGCACGCCAAAUUUUAGGCUGAUCAAACCGGACAAAAGUCCACAAUGGCUCCCUGAACGAGAAAUUAAACUCAAUAGUUGCGUAAGAAGAGCAUUUUGUCAACCACUCAACAAAUCUAGUUGCUUAGGAUCAAAACUGCCAUAUGACAAAACAAGCGUUCAUUUAACAUUUUAUGAAAAUCAGUACAAAAUUCAGACACAGCUGGAGCUAUAUAGAGAACUGAUCAAUGUGCCAAAUUGUUGGGCAGUCAUACAGCCCUUAUUAUGUGCGACCUUUAUGCCAAAGUGUGAGAAAAUACUGGGCCACGACAUGGUUUAUUUGCCAUCCUAUGAGAUGUGCAAGAUCACUAUGGAGCCAUGUUUAAUACUGUACAAUACCUCUUAUUUUCCGUCCUUUUUGAAAUGCAAUUCGACACUGUUUCCUUCGAGAUGUGAGAACGCCGUACGAGAGAUGAAGUUCAAUACGUCAGGCAAAUGUUUACCACCUCUUAUCCAUACCGACAAACCUCUACGUUUCUACGAAGGUAUAUCAGGCUGCGGCCUACCUUGUCGUGAUCCCCUUUACACAGAGGAUGAGCACCAACAAAUCCACAGACUAGUAGCAUGGGGGGCAGGCAUAUGCCUGGCCCUCAAUUUACUGACUGUUGCUACGUUUCUCAUAGAUUGGAGAAGUGCUAAUAAGUACCCUGCACUGGUUAUCUUCUAUAUUAACGUGUGUUUUGCUGUCGCUUCUAUGGGGUGGCUUAUCCAGUUCGGUGUAGGAUCUAGAGAUGACAUCGUGUGUUCUAAGGACGGCACCACUCGACAGGGUGAACCAUCAGCCGAGGAAAACUUAUCCUGCGUUGUUGUCUUUGUACUGGUAUAUUACUUCAUGAUGGCAGCUUGCGUUUGGUUCGUCAUAUUCACAUAUGCCUGGCAUAUGAGUUUUCGGGCUUUAGGCAAAAUCCAAGAUCGUAUAGACAAGAAGGCGGCGUAUUUCCACCUCGUGGCGUGGUCACUUCCCUUAAUUUUGACGAUUGCGACGAUGGCGUUCGGCGAGGUGGAUGGUAGCAGUGUCACGGGGAUAUGUUUCGUCGGAUACGUGAAUCAUCCAAUGAGAGCAGCCUUGCUACUCGCCCCGUUGUCUAUUGUCUUGUUGCUUGGAGGAUAUUUCUUGUUACGAGGCGUGUUUUCCUUGAUCGCUGUAAGGGUGUCGAGUAAAGAUGUGAUAUCACCACGAGCCGCAAACAAGAUUCGGCAGACGAUAACUCGCUGCUCACUCACUGCAGCACUUGUAGCUGUUUUCAUAUGCGUUACCUUCGCCUGUCAUGUUUAUGAGUUUAGAAAUGCUGAUCUGUGGAAGGAGUCUUUUAAGAAGAAUAUCAUCUGUCGCCUGGAAGCGCUGAAGGACGGCGAGAAGGAGUGUUCGGGCGGCAGCCGGCCGUCAGUGUCGGUGCUACAGCUGCGGCUGCUGUGCUGCUUCGCGGGCGGCGCGCUCAUGGCCUCCUGGACGUGGACGCCCGCCGCCGCCGCCGCCUGGAGGCGCUACUUGGCCAGGAAAUGUGGGUGUUCAGUUGAGGCGGAAGUGACCCGUCGAGCUCGCAAACACGAGUUGAUCGCUCGUGCGUAUAGACGUCGCGGCGAGUUUGCGGCACGUGGUCGCCUAUCAAUUUCGUUGGGAGGAUCGAGACAGGAUCCUGUCGGGCUUUGUAUCGACCCGACGUCACCUGCCGAUUAUCCAGAUGAUGCUAAACAUGAAAGUGGUGAAUUGUCCUCAUCCUGGGCGGCCACUCUACCACGUUUUGUCCGUCGUCGCGACGCUCUAGUUCUCCCCACGCACACUCACCACUCCCUCAGCUCGACACCGGACCGACGAAACUCGCAGGACUCGCAGAUCAGUAUCAGCCUUCGGCAUGUCUCGGUCGAAUCUCGCCGCAACUCGCUCGAUAGCCAACUGUCUGUUAAAAUCGCCGAAAUGAAGACUAAGGUGGGGCGUCGACGAACCAAACACAGUAAGGCGAAGCGUAAGGCACGAGCUGCCAGCACACGCAAGGAGAGUACUCCGUCCAUUGAAAGUCAGAUCAGUCGUUACUGGCUGCAGGCUGUCGCUGCGAACAACGAUCCGUCCCGCGAGGAGGUUAAGUUCAGCUUUGACUGA